AUGUCUUCUGCAAUUCAGCUAUUAAAUCCCAAGGCCGAGUCGAUCCGCAGACAGCAGGCGCUGCAGGUGAACAUUUCUGCGGCCCAGGGCUUGCAAGACGUGUUGAGUUCCAAUUUGGGGCCAAAGGGCACUUUGAAAAUGCUCGUGGACGGUGCUGGAAGUAUCAAGAUCACCAAGGACGGAAAGGUUCUGUUGAACGAGAUGCAGAUCCAGUCGCCUACUGCAGUGAUGAUUGCCCGUGCUGCUUCGGCGCAGGACGAGAUCACUGGUGACGGAACCACCACCGUUGUUCUGCUUGUUGGAGAGCUUCUCAGACAGGCUGAGCGGUUCUUGAACGAGGGCAUCCAUCCUCGUGUUUUGACCGACGGUUUCGAGGCUGCCAGAGAGGAGACAUUGCAGUUUCUGAACACGUUUGUGAAAAAGCCAGAGAUCGACAGAGAGCUGCUCUUGCAGGUGGCAAGAUCCUCGUUGGCCACCAAGGUCAACCCAGAACUGACCGACGUGUUGACGCCGAUUGUGACCGACGCUGUGUUGAGUGUCAAGGAUAACGAAAGUCUGGACUUACACAUGAUCGAGAUCAUGGCCAUGAUGCACGAGACGGCCAAAGAUACACAGUUCAUCAAGGGAUUGGUUCUUGACCACGGAGCCAGACACCCAGACAUGCCAAAGAGACUGGAAAAUGCAUACAUUUUGAUUCUGAACGUGUCACUUGAGUACGAAAAGACCGAGGUGAACUCGGGCUUCUACUACUCGUCGGCCGAUCAAAGAGAGAAGCUUGUUGCCAGUGAGAGAAAAUUCGUUGACGACAAACUCAAAAAGAUUGUGGAGCUAAAGAAAGAGGUGUGCGGAAACGAUCCUACCAAGAGUUUUGUUGUGAUCAACCAGAAAGGUAUUGAUCCAAUGUCCUUGGACGUUUUGGCAAAGAACAACAUCCUGGCUUUGAGAAGAGCUAAGAGAAGAAACAUGGAGAGAUUGCAGUUGGUUUGCGGAGGAGAGGCCCAGAACUCUGUUGAGGACCUCAGUCCAUCAAUUCUGGGACACUCUGGUUUGGUUUACGAACAGACCAUCGGCGAGGAGAAGUUUACGUUUGUGACAGAAAACACAGAUCCAAAGGCUUGCACCAUUUUGAUCAAGGGAGCACACAACCAUAUUAUUCAGCAGACCAAGGACGCGAUUAGAGACGGGUUGCGUGCUGUUGCCAACGUGAUCAGAGAUCAGAUGCUUGUUCCUGGUGCUGGAGCGUUCUAUCUUUCUGCCUCCAAACACAUUCUCGAAACCAAAUCCAACAAGGGUAAGCUUAAACCAGGACUCAAGGCAUUUUCGGACUCAUUGCUCGUGAUACCCAAGACGCUUGCCAAGAACUCUGGACUGGACUCCUUGGAGGCCAUCUCUGCUUGCCAGGACGAGAUCGAGGAAGGACAGGUUGUUGGAAUCGAUCUCAACUCUGGAGAGCCUACGGAUCCAACAAUCGACGGUAUCUGGGACUCGUUCCGGGUGAUCAGAAACGCAAUUUCGUCAGCCACCGGAAUCGCUUCGAAUUUGUUGCUGUGUGACGAGCUUCUCAAGGCUGGCCGGUCCUCGUUGAAAGAUCAGCAGCAGUAA